AUGAUUUUGCUCGUUCUCCUGCCCCUCUCAACCCUGGCGGUUUCCCAACUCACCCCUGAAAUCGCAAAAUUGAUCGCCUAUACCUUGUACGAGGAUAAUCACUAUUACAAUCCGACUUCGUACGAAGUUCUAGCGAUCAUUUUGACCGAUCCCUACACUCGAAUCAAUCGCGAUUGCAAGCCCGGAACGGAGACUUUCGAUUUGGAAACCUACGCGGGAUUCAUUGAAAAAAAGCUGGAGGAGCUCUACAAAUACCAGGUUUUCAAUAAGGAUUUGGAGCUGAAAAUGAAUCGUGACGCCGCUCGCGCGCGUCAUUUUGAUAUACGCGAGAAGCUUGCGGAUGUGACGCGCAAUGAUGUUCCGGAAAUCACUCCGGAAUACCGGAAGGCUAUGGAUGACAAUAUCAAGGACUUGCAACUCAACGGACGUGGUUUUACGUAUACAAUUGUGGAGAAGGCGGCGAAUUUGACGUUUAGUGUGGUGAAUCGGAAUGGUGGAUUUUAUUUGGAAUCUGAGACUUGGUUUUGUAAAUGA